AAAGAAGACGGCAGAGAGGCAGGUCGGUACGAUCGAGCAGACGAGGAAUCGCGCAGUUCUGAAACGAUUGUACAGUUGUGCGCGUGCGUGAUAAAAUUCCUCAGUAAUUUCUGUUUUUCCCCGUAAUUCGAAAGAGUCUAACGUUUUUUUCAUGCCCCCGAUGUUGAAUUGUUGAAGUGAAAACUGAUUGAACACUGUGAAAAGGCCUCGACUCAUGCGACAGAGGGACUGUUUUGCCCCUCCGUCUCUGUCGCUCACUCGAUAGUUGGUUUUUUUUUUCCCAUCGUUUCUCUCCCUCUGACAUAUCCCAAACGAUUCCACUUCGGCUUUGCGAAUCGCAGGAGAGGAUAGACCAUCAACGGACUCACGUACGGAGAACUAUCACGACUCGGGGCGACCGGACGAGUGGUAUUUGCAACACCCAGCGGGCCAGUGUUUAUUUUUUUUCCCCCCUCGCUAACUGAGCUACGGGCGCAGUAUUACUCUCGAGUGACGCUGGAGUAGUUGACCAUAAUUGCUAUUUUUUUAUUUUCACAAAAUUUCUGGUUCCUGGUAUCGUUCAGUUACAAAUAUGUGUGAUAAUACCAACACUACCACUCAGAGCAUAGCGGACUAUCUGUCACAGUUGCUGAAAGACAGGAAGCAGCUCGCUGCUUUUCCAAAUGUCUUCAUACAUGUCGAGAGACUGCUGGAUGAAGAAAUAGCUAAAGUACGAGCCAGUCUAUUCCAAAUAAGUGGUGUGAAAAAAGAGCCCCUGACGUUACCGGAGGCAGAAGGUGAUGUCGUCACACUAACGGAAAAGGUCUACGUGCCUGUAAAAGAACACCCUGAUUUCAAUUUCGUUGGAAGGAUUCUGGGUCCACGUGGAAUGACGGCCAAGCAACUAGAACAAGAGACAGGUUGCAAAAUAAUGGUGCGAGGCAAGGGGUCGAUGAGGGACAAGAAGAAGGAAGAACAGAACCGGGGUAAACCAAAUUGGGAACAUCUCACCGAUGAGCUUCAUGUUCUACUCACUGUUGAGGACACUGAAAAUCGCGCCACACUGAAGCUCGCUCGUGCCGUCGAGGAAGUCAAGAAACUUCUUGUGCCCCAGGCUGAUGGUGAGGACGAGCUGAAGAAGAGGCAGCUCAUGGAGCUUGCCAUUAUUAACGGAACUUACAGAGACUCCAAUACUAAAGUUUCCGCCGCAGCAGCCUGCGACGAGGAGUGGAGGCGUGUGGCAGCAGCGGCUGCCGAAAGUCAGCGCCUUCUCCCAGGCCUCGGUACACAAAUGAGAACGCAAAAUGCACCGCUGGGUGCUCCCCUGAUUCUCUCACCAAGGAUAUCGGUUCCAACAACAGCAGCCUCCCUGCUCAAUGGCUCAGGUCCACCGGGCUCAUUGUUAUCAGCUGGCGAUCCACACGGCCUCAUAUACACGCCAUACGCCGACUACGCCAACUACGCAGCACUCGCAGCAUCACCACUACUCACAGAGUACGCGGACCAUUCUGGUGGGUUAUUUGCUCGCUGACGCUAGAUGCACGAGACAGAGCUCUCAAUUAUCAUUAAUUACAACAUUAUUUCUAUUUGAAUCAUCAGGUUCACGAUAAAUACUUGACACUCUGUUCACCAGACGUUCAAUUCACCGCGAGAUAAUUUUUUUUUAUUCGAGACACAAGAGUUGGACGGGACGAGCAGAGUGUCCAUUUUGUAGAUUUAGGAGAGAAUGAUAUUGUCGUUUUAUUUAGCGAUAGGGCCUAUAGAAUUCAACUCGAAAAGGAAGAACAAAAAAUAGUUUAAAUCAGUCAUUUACUAGUCGCGACGUAAUUGUUUGUUUUUUUAGAGAUUUUUCUUCUUUUUUUUUUUACAGAAUUCUCAAGAUUCAUAGGUGGUUAUUGUUUUAUUUUCUAUUAAUUAUCGGUAAUAGUACACAUUAUUUCACCCAGGUGUUCGCACGACAGGACUAUGCGAUUCCUGCGAGGAUGUAAAUUGAAUACUAGUCCAGAAAUACUGAACAACAUUUUUUAAGCAUCCUAAACGGAUUUUUCAGGGCUGAAGGGGAAAAUGAUUAUUUUAAUUCGAUGCAUCCACUCAUUUCUAUCGUUGAGGUGUACUUUAGUAGGCUAGAAGAUCAUGCGUAAGCGCUCGGGUGUGGGGUAAAACAGGCGCUUAUUAAUUUAUAUUUAAUUUACAAUGCUACAGAGCAUUGACAAAAAUAAUGUGAGGUAUGGAAGUGGAAAAAAAUUAACAUGAAGAAAAAAACGCCCAUUUUACCCCAUAUUCCCAUGUUGUCUCGAUAUGAGACAUUGACACCGUCCUUCAGUGGCUAGAAUCACCACUAAUGCGAAAAGUAUUCCCAUCCCGUUAAGAAUAUCAACACAAGUUGUGAAGUUGAAUACUAUACGUUUAAAAAACGCUUUCUUAUUGCGUUUACGUACGAUAACUGUAAGUGAAGUUGUUUUAACAUACCAAACGGAUAUAUAUGUACUACUUCUAACGGAUCCUCGCACACUUAUGUCUGAAUAGGGCGAACGCGGGGCGUCCAGUCAUGUGGCACAUUCGUGCAUUACUCAAUGCAACAAUCAAAGGCCAUUAAUUGUUUUUAGUUAUUAGUAUUUUUCUCUUGUUUUAGGGGAGAAUGAAGAAAAAAAAAUAUAUCAGAAUUUUAUUUUACCUGUAUCGAAGAUUAUAUACCAUAUUUAUUGAGGUUUUAGUACUUUAGGGAGUAUUAGCGUACUAGCACUUCAUUUCGAAGUGUAAUUUUUGUAGGUGUUUAGAUUAUCUAAUGAAUUCGCCUUUGCGCUUUCACAAGGUCCGAUCCGCCCCCUCCCUUUUUUAAUUAUUAAUUUUUAGCGCUAGUUUCAUUAUCUUGGUGAUGGUUUAUGAUUUUCUUAGGUAUCUGUUGGCAACUUUUUUUUUUGAAAAUAUUUUAGUUACGUUUUUUUGUUAUUCUUCUCGACGCAACUAUCAAGUUAACAACUACAACGUAAUAAACUAGAAUCUCGAGUGAGAAUCUCCCUAGGGUUUGGUCUAACACGUGAAGUUAAAAUUUUUUUUGAGUACUCGACUAACUCGAUCGGUCCGCCUUUCCCACGUUACUCUCUCGCUCUCACCCACGCGUGGUUUUUUCGCUUUGAACUGUUUUUUUUAGGUUUUACGUAACACUGACAUUGCAAACUACCAAAAUCGCCCGUAACUUAUUUCUUUUUUAUUAAAAAAAUUGCCGGAAAUUUCGAAAUGAACUUUCUGAUGGAAAAUUACGAUAUCGGAAAUUUUUAGAAUUUUUGCCUCAUUGAAUUAUCCUGGAAAAUUCAUUUAUUUAGAUUUUAUUAGCGCAAUUGAAUGCAGUUGAAACACUAGUGUAAAUGAAAAAACGAUCGGCCGGUGAUAGAUAGGCUGUAAACGUAGGGUCUCUAAUAGGCAGACAAUAGGUGUAUACGAUGAAAAAUUACCCCAGGGACCAAACUAAAAGCGUUAUUAGAGGACUGAUGGUUCUAGCAUAUUCUUGUAGGUGUUUAAGGCGUUAUCGAAGGCUGUUGCUGAUGAAAAAUCUAAUCAGCCAUUGACGCAGUCUUCGAAUUACAUGGAUAUAGAUCACGAGAAUGUACAUUAUUUUAUAUUAUUUUAUACGAUUAUUUAAUUUUUAUUUUUUAUACAAAAUGACAGGGCGAUGAGAGAGUGAAAUAUGUUUUUAGAUAUAUUUAUAUACAUUAUCUACUCGAGUAUGAGCUGAGUAGGAGUUUUUUUUUUGUCGAAUGUCUUUGCUUUGAGUGAGUGUAAAUGGCUGGUUACAUUUCUGUUUUCAAUUUUUCAGUAUCACGAAUUACCUGAUUUUCCUUUUAAUGAACUUGAGAGUCUCACCGAGUGAGAUGUCUUCAUUAAAAUGAGAGAAUAUUUAAUUAUUAAACGUUUAAUAUCAUGACAAUGAGGUUUUAACGAGUCCUUUCAUCAUGUCUAAGAAAAUUCACAGAUUAUUUUCUUGGGAAUUCUGGUUGUAACGACUUGGCAUUUAUGGGAACGUUAAAGUAUUGUUACGACCUACAUUUGCAUAAUAUUUUUGAAAUUUAUUUCACAGGGGAAUUAAGUACAAUGAAUUUGUUAUUUGGAGUAUAUGAUGAAAGGACAAUUUUUUUUGAACAGCAGAGAAAGAGUUUCGAGGGAUAUCAAAUACUCCGGUGAAUCGUUCGAACUUGAAAAUAAUGCUCUCUAUAUUUUAUUGUUCAACACUCCAUACUGUUUCUCUGCCGUUCGUUUGUGCAUAAUAAUUGUUUAUAAAUUUUCACUUCUUCUCCUGGGGAGAGAGGAGAGGUUAGUGAAAUUGUCAAGUUUUAUCUGAAUAGAUGGGUAGGAAGCAGUCCUGGGAAUAGUGCUAUGAUAAACAAAAAAGGGAUAUCUUUGUGCGUGUCAAAAUGUACUCACAGUGUUGUAUGUUGGGAAAACAGGUGCAGCAGCCGCUGCGAAACAGCGUAGGCACCUGGGUCAGAUUCGCGAGCACCCUUAUCAAAGGGCUGGCGCUCUCUCGUGAAUACAGAGAUAACAGAGUCGCGCCUUAAUGCGGGAAAGGUUAGUUUUAUUUAUCACAAGAAUUUUACAUUUAUUGUUUCUUUAUUUCAAUAUUGUAUUUUUAUUCAGUACUUUUAUCUUUGGAAUUCUGCUGGAUUCGCUUGCCAAUGUAUGGGUCCUUCAUUUUAAGGUGACAGAGUCUUUUUGUUGUACCUUACCGUGUGUUCAGCCCGGUAAUUUGUUUGUUAUCCGGAUUAAGAUUAAAAGAUUAAAAUUUGAUCAAUACAUCUGACUAUGUUAAUAAUGGAAAAAAUUUUGUAUUGUGCUGAAUUCUCGUCCUGCCAUUGCCACAAAAGUUAAAUUUUUUUUCAAUUUCCAUUGAUAUUUGAAAAUAAAUUCUCCCUCACGCCAGCAACAUUACAUUAUACAAAAUUUAGUCUACAUCACAGUCCAUUAUUAUCUUCAAAAAAAAUCAUACAUUGGAAAAGCAAAGACAGCAGUGAAAAAUAAUAUACAUUUGAAAAUGAAUUACGAUCAGUGCCAUGGAAUCCUUGGUGUUUGCGUACCCGCGGAAUCGCAAAUUUAAGGACAAUUGGUGAAAAUUUAAUCAGAAUGCACUUUUUUGGCGCAACUCCCCGCUCUUAGGUCUAAGCAAUUGUUUUAUUUAUCGAUAGGAUAGGAUGUAUGAGAUGAGGUCAUUUGAUUAGUCUUUUUUUUAUUUCGCUCUGAUCUGUUCUGUUCUGUGUGCCACCGUGGAUAAAUUGUCUCUAGAUUUAUCGAAAGUAUUGGGGAGGAUUCCGCUAUGGGUGCGCACCUCCCUAUAUUUCUAAUUAGAAGCACUGCCCAAUUGUUAUGAAAAAAUAAUGCUACUAUUUACGAGGAAAACGAUGAAUUUCCUGAGUCUAAAUCAUGCAAAUUGGUUGUAUCGAGGGGCAGUGUUGGAGAAAGGCAGAAAAAAAAUGACAAUUUUUUUUGGUGCUUAUGUAUCGAUUAAGAUUUCAAUCUUCCAGGACAUCGUACAUUUUUUUUUGCAUUUCGUUCAUUUUUUAUUAUGAUUUUAUGUUUUUUGGCAACUUGUGCCUGUGGAACAACUUAUUGACCUUCCAUUUAAUCUGUAUAUAUAAAUUUAUAUACGUACUAUUAUUAUAUUAUUUGCAUAAAUAUUUAUAUGAAAGAAUAAAUGAAGAGAUACAAAUAAAUAUUAUGACAACAAUUAUUUUUUUA